AUGCCCACCGCUUCGCACUAUCCGCGCGUUGACAUCCCGGAUGUGGAUAUCUGGACUCUAAUCUUCAAUCAAAAGAAUAGAGCAUUUCCCGAUGAUAAGAUAAUAUACCAAGAUGCCGAUACCGGUCGAAGCUACACCUAUGAGCAAGUCCGAUCCACCGCCCUUGAAUUCGGCAAGGGUCUGAAGGCAAAUUGGGGAUGGAAAAAGGGCGACGUCCUUGCCAUUUUCUCCCCGAACAGCAUUGACAUUCCCCCAGUAAUAUGGGGCACCCACUGGGCCGGAGGCGUUGUCACACCUGCAAACCCAGCUUAUACUGCGGACGAACUGGCCUUCCAGCUCAAGGGUACCAAGGCAAGGGUAUUGGCGACUCAGAUGUCCUGUUUACCUGUUGCUGUCGCAGCCGCGAAGAAAGUCGGCAUACCUGAAGAUCGAAUCAUCUUGCUUGGGGAUGAGAGGCAUCCGACCGCCAAAUACAAGCACUUUACCUCUGUUCUGAAUAUCUCACGGUCCACACGAUAUGCAAAGACCAAAGUUGAUCCGUCCAAAGAUCUUGCCUUUCUCGUUUACUCUUCCGGUACCACGGGCGUCCCCAAAGGAGUAAUGCUCUCACAUCGCAAUAUUGUGACCAACAUUCAUCAACUCAAAGCCGGAGAAGAAGGGAACUUAAGUUGGAACGGUGGCGCCGAUAAGUCGGGAGAUAGAUUACUGGCCUUUUUGCCUUUCUAUCAUAUCUAUGGUUUAACAUGCUUGGUCCACAACGCCAUAUUCUCUGGGUUGCACCUUGUUGUUAUGGCUAAAUUUGACAUUGAACGAUGCGAAACCAGCCCUACCACCCACACUGUGCCAUGGCCGGACUGGAGACGCCAUGCUGGUUCCGUUGGCAAGCUUCUUCCAAACCUUGAGGCUAAAUAUAUGACUUCCCCUGAGGAUGACUCCGAACCUCAGGAAGUACCUGUGGGCCAGGUGGGAGAGCUCUACGUACGGGGACCAAAUGUGUUCAUGGGAUACCUGGAUAAUCCCGCGGCCACCGCCGCUUGUGUUUCGCCAGACGGCUGGUUCCGUACCGGUGACGUCGGAUAUCAAGACGCAGAAGGCUUCUUUUAUAUCACCGAUCGCGUCAAAGAAUUGAUCAAAUACAAAGGAUUCCAAGUCGCACCAGCGGAGCUGGAAGGCAUCCUUACAGACCACGAAGCGGUCUCGGAUGCAGCGGUUAUUGGUAUUGAAAGUGCCGAGCACGGUACUGAGGUUCCUCGCGCCUAUAUUGUCCCCAAUCCUAAUAUCAUUCCGCGAGAAAAGCGCACGGCGGAGGAAGGGGAGAAAAUCUGCCAGUGGCUUCAGGCGAAGGUUGCUCCAUAUAAACGAUUACGCGGGGGAGUCCGGUUCGUGGAUGAAAUUCCAAAGAGCGUUAGCGGAAAGAUUCUGCGAAGGCUUUUGAAGGAGCAAGCGAAGAAAGAGGAGGCUCCAGUAAAAGCGAAAUUGUGA